AUGCCAUUAUUUAUUCAUACAUAUAUUCAAGAAGGUGUUGACCAACAGCAAGAAGGAGUUGACCAACAGCAAGAAGGAGUUGACCAACAGCAAGAAGGUGAUGACCAACAGCAACAAGAAGGUGACCAGGAAGUGGAAGAUCAAACAGAAGAUCAAGCUGCUCAAGAUAUACAAGAUUCAUAUUAUGAUCCCAAUCAAGGUGGUGAUCAUUAUGGACAAACUGAUUAUAGUGGUGGAGAUGAUGUAUCACAACAGUAUUAUGAUGAUUCUUCACAAUAUCAACAAGAAGAUCAAUUCGCACAACAAGAUAAUAAUGAUUAUUAUCAACAACCACAAAAUGAUUAUUAUUAUCAACAGCAAACACAGGAUGAUUAUAAUCAACCACAAGACCCAUAUCAGCCACAAGAUAACUCAUAUCAACAGCCACAAGAUAACUCGUAUCAGCAAUCACAAGAUAUUUACGGAUCGCAGGAUAUGUAUAAUCAAGAUGAUUCAUCAUAUCAACCACAAGAUGAUUCGUAUCAACAACCACAAGAUAUUUACGGUUCGCAGGAUAUGUAUAAUCAAGAUGAUUCGUCAUACCAACCACAAGAUGACUCGUAUCAACAAUCACAAGAUAUUUACGGGUCGCAGGAUAUGUAUCAACCAGAGGAUAAUUCAUAUCAAGAACAGCCUUUUGAAUAUAAUCAGCAAGAGAAUCCUGAUCAGUCAGGAUUUUUCCCAGAUCUAAAAGACAAUCCUGUUUCUGGAUUCUUCCCAAAUACAAAUAACAAUGAAUCUAGUUCUGUUGGCGGUAUUUUAAAUCAAGUUAAAAAUCCUGUAUCGAAAAUGAAAUUUUUUAAAUAA